AGUAGACUAUGGACAAGUGCUGUCUUAGAGUUGAAAUCGCGCAUUAGCGAGAGGUUGGUUGAUAUUGAACGCUUGUGCCAAUGAGAAUAUAUUUUGUUCAGCAGUGUAAUAUCUGUAGCCAGAUAUAUUUUAGAGUGUACGAACACACACCUAUGAUCAGUCAGCAUUCCGUAGUUAGUGCUCUGUAUGUAUUUGUACAAACUUGAUAGUACUCUCUGUAUGUACGUGAUGCCCGUGCCAGAGUCAUCGCCGUUGGAGAUGGUUUCCGCCCCUCUCUCCACUUCCUGCACCUCAACAUGCCACCCAUCCGCCGAUAUCUCAGAAUCAGCAAAUACUCCGUCCUAGAAUGUCGAAUCUACCUCGACAACCCCUCUGACACCCGAUGGCUGCUCAACUCCCGCGAUCCCGUCCUCCCGCGGAUCUUCGCCACCAUCCGACCGCUCGUCCUGCCCAAGUUGCGUGAGGAAAAUGAACGGCUUUUAACCAGGAAGAAAGGGAAUCCGGUUAAAGAUGUGAUCGCCGAGGAUGACUUUGAGGUUGCCUUGUUCCUUCGUGAAUCCCGCACGCGUCAUUCGCUUCUCACGCGACAAAAGACAUUCGAAGAACCCGACGAUGCACAAAAGAGGAAACCCAUAGACCAAGCUGCCGGCUCAGCUGAUACGGGGAUCCUAGUCGAAAGCGACGACGACAACGACGACGAGACAGAGCCGAGCCUGCAUAAUAUUCCUGCCGCCACAGAUGACGACACGUCUACCAAGCGACCAGCAGAGACAGAUUUACCCGACGCAUCGCCAGAGCAUCAACGGACAUCGAAAAGGCAAAAAGGCAAACACGCAGCGUUAGACGAGGAGGACCAAGAUGAGAAGAAACUGCGGUUCCAGACGAAUUACGAGAGUUUCAACAUCUACGGCUGGGUGCUGUGCCUACUGGUCACGCGCAAAGGCGUCGCCGCUAAGCAGGCUGACACGGCUGAACCGAAGCGCCAAGUCCUCAUGGAGGAAUGGAUGGCCACUCAGGCCCAGGGGGACAUGGAUGAGGAAUAAGCUGCCUGGGGGCAUUGCCGGUCAUCCUCGGAAGGGCCAGUGCCAAGGUUGUACAAUUCGGAAGGCCAGGAACCGUAUCCAUGCCUACAUGCCUAGAAUGGCCAGAUUCUUACAGAAUCUUAUCCGCAGUCCGGCCAGACAU